AUGGCAGCCACUUCCAAAACCAGCGACCAGCCUGCCGUAAUGCAAGACAAGCAUAUCAACUUCUUCCCAAAUCUUCCACCCUACUCGGAUCCUAAGACGGGCCUAUUGUCCAAGCUCCCGUCUUCAUGGAUCCCAUACGCCCAGCUCAUGCGUAUUGAUCGCCCUGGUGGCCUCUAUGCGUUCUAUUUCCCCUAUCUGAUUGGGAUCAUGUACGCCGCCUGCAUUUUGCCAACGACUGUCGAACCUCUUACCCUCCUGAUGAUGGCCGCGGUGCUCCUACCUCUCAAUAUCCUCCUACGUGGUGCCGCCUGCACCUGGAAUGAUACCCUCGACCAGGAAUUUGACCGACGUGUCGAGCGCUGUCGCCACCGGCCUAUUGCGCGAGGCGCCGUCUCCACCUGGCAGGCUCACAUUUUCACAUGUGCACAGCUGGCGGCUGGAUAUCCGAUCUUGAGGUUCUUUCCCGUUGCUUGCACGUGGCAUAUGUUGAUUAUGGUCGUCCUGUUCUUCAUCUAUGCAUACAUGAAACGUGUCACGUACUACCCCCAAGUCGUUCUCGGGUUUCCCUUCGCCUGGGCCAUCUUGUUCUGCGUCGCUGCGAUGGACCUGCCGGUCUUAGGUGUGCAUACUGCGUCAACUCUCGCACUCUAUGCGGCAAACGUCUUAUGGACGAUCACCUAUGACACCAUCUACGCACAUCAGGAUAUUGCCGACGAUGAAAAGGCGGGUGUCAAAGGUAUGGCGGUUCGUUUCAGGGAUAGCACGAAGCUUCUGGCCAGUAUCCUGGCCACCAUGCAGGUCGCGCUGCUCGCGCUGUCUGGGCUUCGGGCCGGAUUUGGGCCCACGUACUUUGUCGGGACUGUGGGUGGUGUUGCGGCCGCUAUGGGCUACUACAUAUACGACGUGGAUUUGAAGAAUCCUCAGAGCUGUGGAACUUGGUUUGGGGCGCAAUUUUGGAUUGUGGGUGCUGGAUUCAUGGCGGGGCUGACGGGCGAGUAUAUGCUCAGCGUUGCGCCAUACAGGUUAUUCUUGGGAUGGCUCUCCCUCGUGGAUAGGGAGCCCCCGUCGUGUCGUUGUCGGCCAUGGGAAUCCUGCUGGCCCUCCGAAGAGACAUGGAGGGAGUUCAACGCAUCGAUUGCCGGUAACCUCAUCCGCCUCCGGCCCAUAGGCGACGUGUGCCACAAACCUGCAUCCAACCAGAGCGCCUGCAGUGAGCUACGACAUGUCUCGCGGAACAGUGGAUGGAGGGCGGCACAGCCAGGUGCCUUGCAGAACUGGAUUUGGGAGAGCGGCUCUAAUCUCAAUGAGACCUGCCAUCUAACAGGACCUCCCGAGACCCCUUGUCACCAGGGUCUAAUCCCUUUCUAUUCAGCUGUCAUUGACUCGGUUGAACAAAUCCAAAGGACAGUCGUGUUUGCCAAAAAGCACAACCUCCGUCUGACUAUUCGCAACACCGGCCACGACGGUGCGGGGCAGUCCAGUGGCCCCGACUCGUUGCAGAUCCAUACUCACGGUCUACAAGACGUUCAAUAUCAUGAAGACUUUCAACCAAAUGGAUCUACGGCACACCUAGGCCCUGCUGUAACUGUCGGGGCCGGGAUGCAGCUCGGGGACCUCAACAGACGAGGAUCGCAAGAAGGGUACACGGUGGUGGGAGGCGAAUGUCCAACCGUGGGCGCUGCUGGUGGCUUCCUUCAGGGGGGAGGCGUGUCCAGUUUCCUGAGUCACAGUUGGGGACUCGCUGUAGAUAAUGUUCUGCAAUUUGAGGUAGUCACCUCCCAGGGAGAUCGGGUCCUUGCCAAUGCACACCAGAACCAAGACUUGUUCUGGGCGUUAAGAGGGGGUGGAGGUGGAGCCUUUGGUGUCGUCACUCGAGCAACCAUUCGCACAUAUCCUGACGUGCCGGUGGUGGUAGCUACGCUCACCAUCGCAGUGGACGCCCCCGAUGCAACAUUCUGGACCAAAGGGGUCACUACGCUCCUCACUGCAUUGCAGGAAUUCAACCGCGAAAGUGUUGCUGGACAGUUUAUGCUCAAGCGUCUGCCCGGGAGCGGAAUCGAGGCUAGUAUCACGAUGUAUUUCCUUAACGAAACUCGAACGGAGCGUGUCGAGGACCACCUAAAUCUGGUGAAGACCACCCUUGGCAAAGAAGCCAUUCCAGCGGCUUCCUCCUCACAAUUCCUCCCACGGCUGACCAUGGCUUUGCCAAUGAACCCUGAUAUAUAUCCCGAGAACCAUGGGGUGGUGAUGGGGUCCGUAUUGGUUUCACAUCAGAUGUUCAAUUCGUCCGAGGGGCCUCAACAAAUGGCGGAGAAAUUCGCAAGUCUACCGAUGGGUCCCCGGGAUCGACUGUUCACCAGCAACCUUGGAGGCCGCGUCAUGACCAACAAGGAUACAGCAAUGCAUCCUGCAUGGCGCUCUGCCGCACAUCUCAUUAAUUUUGUCCGAGUGGUUCAUCCAUCCAUAGAUGGCAAAUUGGCAGCGUUAGAGGGCCUUACACAACACCAAAUGCCAAUUCUGUACUCUCUGGAUCAGAGCUUGAGAGUCUCCUAUAUCAAUGUGGCAGAUCCAAAUGAGAACGAGUCUGAUGUCUUCUGGGGAGGAAACUACAGGAGACUAUUGCAGAUCAAGCGCAGGUGGGAUGCGAAUGAUCUUUUUCUCACGAAACUUGGGGUGGGUCGCGAGGGUUGGGAGAUUGACGGCAUGUGUCGCAGAAAGACUAGUCUCGCAGACCGAGCGGUAACUUCUGUUUCUGACCAAGUUCACAAGACCCUGGGGCACAUAUUCAGAGGGAGUGUGGGCGUUGUAUAA